GAUGGUGAACAACACAGACGCAGCAUUAUGCCAAAGGUUACAUACACUUUCACAGACUCAGGAAGACUGUAGUAUAUUGCCAAGCUGACAUAAGGAGACAGAGAUUGGAGUCUGGGCACUGAGGGAACUUUACAGGAUUAGUAUGGGAUGUGCAAACUCUAGGGGAAAAAAUGGUACCCUUGAACAGACACAAAAUCACACAGCCCACAAAAACAGAUAUACCAGAGAGCCAACUCAGCAAGGACCAAAUACAAAGAAUUCCUCUCUACUGCCUGGACAGGAUCUGCAGAGUAUAGAUGACGCCAGUGCAAAACAGAAGGUCGUGGUUGCUUUAUACGCAUAUGAAGCUGGAAAUAAGACUCACCUGUCUUUCAAAAAAGGAGAGAAACUCCAAGUAUUGGAAGACAAUGGUGACUGGUGGAGAGCUAAGUCUCUGGCCUCUGGCAAAGAAGGCCUGAUACCUUACAAUUAUGUGGAGGCAGAAGAAAGCAUAGAGUCAAAUGAUUGGUACUUUAAGAACAUCCCCAGAAGAGAUGCAGAGAGAUACCUGCUGGCUCCUGCUAAUAAACCAGGUGCCUUCCUCAUCCGAAAGAGUGAGACUACUGAAGGGUGUUACUCCAUGUCAGUGCGGGACGUGAGUGCUAACGGUUCAGCUGCGGUAAAACAUUAUAAGAUCCGUCCAUUGGAUGAUGGAGGAUUCUACAUUUCCCCAAGAGUCACCUUCAAAAAAAUGGAUGAACUCAUCAAGUACUAUGAGAAACAAGCUGACGGAUUAUGUCGGCGAUUAGGCAAACCGUGUGUGAAGCCAAAAGCAGAAAUUCAGUGGGAUGAAGAUGCAUGGGAGGUUUCAAAAGAAAAUAUUCGGAUGGUCAAGAGACUUGGAGCUGGUCAGUUUGGAGAGGUCUGGUUGGCCAUUUAUAACAACACCACCAAGGUGGCAGUGAAGACUCUGAAGCCUGGCACUAUGUCAGUGGAGGCAUUUCUGCAGGAGGCUAACCUGAUGAAAACUCUUCGGCAUGACCGCCUGGUCCGCCUCUUCGCCGUAGUCACCAAAACAACGCCCAUCUACAUCAUCACAGAGUUCAUGGCUAAUGGUAGCUUGCUGGAUUUUCUGAAGAGUCCACCAGGCAGAAAAAUACAGCUGCCUAAACUGAUCGACUUUGGCGCUCAGAUUGCAGAGGGCAUGGCCUACAUCGAGAAGAUGAGCUACAUUCACAGAGACUUACGAACUGCUAACAUUCUAGUCAGCGAGAGCCUGCUGUGUAAGAUCGCUGACUUCGGCCUGGCGAGAGUCAUUGAAGAAAAUGAAUACUCAGCCAGUGAAGGUGCUAAAUUCCCCAUUAAGUGGACGGCACCAGAGGCUAUAAAUUACGGUUCUUUCACUAUAAAAUCGGAUAUGUGGUCUUUUGGCAUCCUGCUCUACGAGAUCAUCACUUAUGGGAGAAUACCCUACACAGGUUUGAGCAAUGCUGAAGUGAUGGCGAGAGUGCAGCGAGGAUAUCGGAUGCAGCGGCCUGAAAACUGCCCCAACAAGCUGUAUGACAUCAUGGCUUCAUGUUGGAAAGCCAAGCCUGAGGAGCGGCCCACCUUCGACUACAUGCAGAGCGUCCUGGAGGAUUACUUUACUGCCACUGAGGACCAGUAUCAGCAACAGCCAUGAGACAAAGUGACAAAGGACCAGAACACACUGACAGUGGACGGAGCCUCAGACUGACCUUUUUGCAAACAAGCCUGUUUGGCAGCUUCUUUCAAUGCCUGACAUUAUGAAAAUGCUCACAGACACAAAUUUCCUGGCAGCUCAAUCCAUAGUAGAACAGUUGUUUAAGUCAUCCCUGCAAUCUGGAUUAGGAUGGGUCUCUGAGAAAUUCAGCUCACUUAAGCAUCUGGAAAAAAGGACUUGAAAGUAGGUUUCGGCCCUACUGCGCUAUGGUAUUGUGCUGACCUUUUUAGAGGUGAAGCUCCUCGUGGGGGCUUGUAACUCACCCACAAGAAGGAGCUAUUUUGGUGGUUCGCAAGAGUGGUGCUUUGUGAAGGGAUACCGUGGCCAAGUUUUUCUCCUAUCAAGACACCAAAUUCACCCAAAAAAUCUCCUCCAAAAGAAACUCGGACUGAACAGAGAAAUGAAUGGGAGACCAAGAAUGUUCCAAACAAAUGACAAUUCAUGACAACAUUUUGCUGUCUGCCUCAAUAACCUGCUGAAGCAGCCUCACACCAAGCAAAUAUUAGUAUGUGCUUCCCAGGAAGUCCAUUUUUUUUCAAUUCACACAGAAGUAAACAGGCUGGCCUUCUGUAGCAACUGAUCUUGGCUAUUGGUAAUGUCUUGUUUCUCCAUUUCUCCUCUGGCACAAGUUUCAUUUCACAGCCUUAAUGUCACUUCAGAGGUCCCUGGCACCAACCUCCCAAGGACAGAGUGGUUAAUAAUACAUACAGGUCUGGCCAGCAUUCACAAGUGGUGCAAGUAGCGCAA